CAUAAAAUAAUCAAUAAAUAACUUCUUUCACUGUCUCCGAAAGUAUUGUGAUAAUCCCAUGGAUAAAUGAUGGAAAUUGAAAGAAAUAAUUUAGGCCGGGCAGUGGAAAGUUUUUAACGGAAAAGACUGUAAACCUGUGUUUUUCUUGGAAGAUUGGGCACCUGUCAACAGGCGAAUUUCCACUUCGGUAUCCUUGGUGACGGCCUAGCAACGGGUACAACAACAUAGCAACUUUAGAGCAUCCGCUCAUCUCGUUGGCCGUUUCAGAGAGCAACAGGAUUAGUCCUGGAGACGUAGCUAUGGCAACCGCAGCUCGAUUUGCAGCAGGAGGUGGCAGCAGUCCGCCCACACCGUCUCCUGCGACUACGCCCCCUGAGCAGCCUCAACCGACCCAGCUCAUCGUGUUACCAGCCAGUUUGCAUCAGGGAGCUGUGAACGGAGUGCCGGUAAUAGCUUUGGAACAGACUGGAGAAUCCAGUAACGAAAGCACGGGGGGCGAAGAUCAAGUCUCCGAUCCUCAAGAAGAUCCCAUCGCUACUACUCCGCCUCAUUUUAUAACAGUUACAGUUGCCGAAGGCGACGCAGUGGCUUCACACCAAAGUUACCAAAUCCAAUAUGUUGAGCAGGAAAUCUACGCAUCGCAGACUAACGGCGGGCAACCUCAAAUGGCUUAUCCCGUAUAUACCGUCGGCGAUUCCACCACCUUAUAUCCCAUAGCCAAUACGGGACAAGGACAGGGUCAAUAUUACGCAGCUCCGGCAGCAAAUGCUGGUGGUGGGGGUACGACUGCAGUAACUGGUACCACAGUGGGCUAUUCUGCAGCUACUGGACAGUAUGUGGUGCAGCAUGCAGUAGAUGCAGAAUCUUUAAUUCCCACUACUAGAAUUGGCCCGCAGGGUGCAACUGCAGAAUAUGCGCCCACUAACACUGGUCAAGUUUCUGGGCAGAUGGUGACAGUCAGCUCCAACGGGGAUGAAUUGGGAUCCAGUUUAGGUCAUGCUACUAGGGUUUCCCCUGCCACUGUUCAGUGGUUAUUGGAAAAUUACGAGACUGCUGAAGGAGUGUCUCUACCACGCUCUACCCUCUAUGCGCAUUACUUGCGGCACUGCUCAGAACAUAAAUUGGAACCGGUUAAUGCUGCUUCCUUUGGAAAGCUCAUUAGAUCUGUGUUUUUAGGCCUUAGGACAAGACGCUUGGGAACAAGGGGCAAUUCAAAAUAUCAUUACUACGGCAUUCGUGUUAAGCCAGGUUCUUCGCUAAUGAAUAUAGAAGACUCUUCCAGUCGAGUAGUUCUAAAUUCAAACUCUUCAGGCAAAGCGCAAGGAACUAUCCGUCCUUUCAAACGUAACUCCGACUCUUCGGAUAGUCAGAGUUCCAAUGGAACGCUACUGCAACAUGCUGCUUACUUGGGUGAUGGUAGUAAUGCCAUACCAAAUUUUCCAGAUAUACAGUUUUCUGAACGGUUACCAGAGGACUGUGGGUACGAGGAUGUGGAUACUUUAAAAUCUAUUUAUCGAGAACAUUUAGAGGCAUUUUUGGAUGCGAUCUUGAGUCUGGAGUUUAAUACUGUGGAAUCGUUAUGGCGAGAGUUCUGGCGUUCGCAGUAUAAUAACAAUGGAGACGAGUGCGAAGAAGAAAAAUAUUUAUCUAAGUCAAAGCUAUUUUCACUGUGUUCGUUAGAACCGGUUCAAAUAUUUAUGAAACAAGUGGAUCUAGUAUUUUACCAGAACUUAAUUCAAGUUUUGGUGCCGGAUGUUUUGAAACCCAUACCUGCAACGCUUACUCAAUCUAUCAGGAAUUUCGCCAAAAAUUUGGAGAAUUGGCUGACUAGUGCAAUGACCGGUGCCCCAUCAGGAAUGCUACAAAUCAAGUUGACUGCCGUGUCAGCGUUUAGCUCUAGUUUGCGUCGGUAUACUUCGCUAAAUCAUCUCGCUCAAGCUGCUAGAGCCGUUUUACAUAAUGGAAAUCAAAUAGGACAAAUGCUGGCAGACUUAAAUCGUGUAGACUUUCAUAGUGUAAGGGAGCAGGCUUCUUGGGUUUGUCAGUGCGAUAAUGAAAUAGUCUCAAGAUUUGAAAACGACUUCAAGCUUACCCUACAGCAGCAGAAUUCUUUGGAGCAAUGGGCCUCAUGGUUGAAGAAUGUGGUGAAAAGCGCGCUCAAGCCCUACGAAGGAACACCGACGUUUUCGAAAGCGGCCAGACAGUUUCUUUUGAAGUGGAGUUUUUAUAGUUCAAUGGUAAUAAGAGAUUUGACUCUUAGAUCUGCCGCUAGCUUCGGAUCCUUUCAUCUAAUUCGGUUGUUGUACGAUGAAUAUAUGUUUUACCUCAUUGAACAUCAGGUGGCUGAAGCGACAGGCGUGGUUCCUAUAGCGGUAGUUUUGGAAGGAAUUAAACAAGAUGUGUUGCAGAACAAUUUGAGCGUUUACGGAAGUAAUGAUUCGUUAUGUAAUGGAUCGCCUUUGCAAUCUGCAAAGUUGGAAUGCGUGAGUCCAACUGAGCAGCUUACAAAACGGCAGAAAAUCAGCUAGCCUGGGGAGAGUUAUGCGGUAGUUAUGUCCGGUAGUACUAGUUUUAAUAUUUGUUUAUGAGUCAGUAUUAGUAAUGGCUAGUUGGGAUUCUAGCCGAGCCUGUUAAACCGAUUACAUACUAUUACACUCAAUUGUAUCAAAUUUACCGCUUCAAGAGCUACAGGACUUACAGCCAUAAAAAUGUGUUGGGAUAUUUAAGCAAAUUUAAUAAAUCGCAAGCAUGCCAUUUAUUCUACAGGGUAUUUAACGUGCAAUACUGUGGCAUUGUUUUUGUAGGACCAUUUAACUUUAACUCACUUUUAAUCACUGUUCAUUUUUCCAAUACUGACUCAGCUCUUUUGUGUUCGAUGUGUUGAUUUUUUGUUUUAAUUCCAAUUUGUUGCAAUUUUUUUAGAUGUUUAUUUAUUGUAUGCGAGAUAAUAAGCGACUAUUAAUGCACAAUAUCAAUCAACUAAUUUGAACAUAGAUGGAAAAUGGGAUAGUUUUAACUGCUUGAAUUAGUAGGUUUUACAUUAUUUCUAUAUUAAAUUUGUUUGAUCUCGCAAGCUGGUUAAUCGGAUGGGAAAUGAUAAUAACAAACUUUACAAAAGGAGUACGUUUGUGUCUUAUGUACGAAAUUUUUCAAGCUUAAAAAUAUGUUUUAUAUUUGAUUGAUCAAACCGAUUGGUCGUUGCCUUUAAAUACCCCGGAACAUGAAAGAAACCAUACUUAUUUUAACUUGCGCAGUAAUUAAAUGUUUUUUUCGUAAGCCACAUACUUCCUCCUAUUAAAGCAACAUCGAAAUUGAAAUGAAUUGUACAGAUAAGUCGUGAAUGCACGUUGCUUUAAAUUUCUAACAAUUGUAACUAGUUCUUUGAUCAUCAAAUCUACGAUUGUAAAAAAUUGUUUAUUUUAUACGAGUUUAUUGUCCAAAAUAUGUCAUUUCACAGAACAUAGUCAAAAAAAUUUCGUUGCUAGCUAAGUGUUCUUUUAUACACUAGCAAUAUCGAUAACAUUGUACCAUAACUGAUCAUUAAACAACUAUAUUUUUACUGUUGAUGAACUACCGGCUUGGGUUUUGUUGCCAUUUUUAGUUUGCAGGUGAAUGAGAUUUAUAUCAUUUUUUGCCAAAUAUUAUUGAAUAAGCGCUGUAAAAUUGUGACUGAAUGUUAUUUAUAGAUAUUGAAAUAACUAUGUGUUAGGUGUUAGGUAAUUAUUAAUGCAUUGUGCAUCAUUUCGUUUAUUCGAAUUUUGGAUUGUGAUCAGUGGUUUCAGCUCCCUGUAUGGAUGUCACGUUCAUUAUAUGUAUUAUUGUAAUGGCCAUUUGCGCUCAAUUCUUGUUUUGCGUCGUUUUUCUUUCGAUAUUUAUAGGAAUGGAACUAAGGAGCUACAGGAAAACCGCAUUGUUUUUUUACCUAAAAACAAUAAAUUGUUAAAAAUCGUAAUUGUAAGUAAUUAUAUCACAAUCAAAAAUUUUGAUGUAUUAAAUUUUUGAACAUGUAAAUAGGUUAUUGCUCAAAAGUGUAAUCCAUCCAUCGCGUGUAAUAUGAGAUCCGAGAAAAUAAUAAUAACCGUUUCCAGGGUAAAUAAUAAUUAUUCCUCUUGUAAGUACAAGUAAAUGUUUACCAAAUAUCAGAAACUAAUUUUGGUACAUUUUAGAUGUGGUUUAUCGCAAAGAAAGUUGUUCGAACUGCGGAUGUGCAAUGUUCAGGAACUAUUGUAUUUAUGAAACAUCACGGAUUAUUUUAAAGGAUUAAGCACGCUUAAUAAUAUUUAUCAACAUGUAUUAUUCACUGGGUUAUACGUUAUAAGUCAUAACGUGCGCUUGAUUUAUCCAUUAGGAAUUGUAUUCGGAAUUGAACUGGUAGGAAACAUUUAAGGAGUUGGGGGUUUAUUUUGAGUUGUUUUCAGAGCGUCCUGAUUUAUUUUAUUUUCACGAAAAAACAAUUCCUAAAACUAAAUUUUGGUGUAAGUAGGUCAAUAAGUUCCAGUUUCUUGACCGAUGUCGAAUCUGAGAACAGACCGAAUUCUCAAGAAAAUCAACCAUCUUGCAAAAAAAUAGGUAAAAACUAAGGACACUUGAAAAUUACAUUCUCUAUUUGCUAUAAAAUACAACUGAUGUAUAAUAUAUUUUGUCCAAUCCAUUAUUUUGCUGUUUUUCGACUCUGCUCCUAUUUGUAAAAACACUGGAUGUUUUGGAAAUUAUUCACACCAGGAUUGUUUUUUUAAAUUUGAGCAGCUGCUAACCAAACUAGCUAUAAACUAGACUUAAAUAAUUAUUUGUUUUCGUACGCACUAAAAUAAACCCCAAAUUUUUCCUUGAGACCAUAAAUCUAUUAAAUGUUGUGUGUGGGUAAUUGGCUUCUACAAAUUAAAAAUAUAACCACUUUUCCAGUUGGUUUGGCUUUACUAUUUUGAAUGAGGACCCUGUAUAUUGUGAGAUUUUUAGAAAACAUGAUGCAUGCAUUACAUGAUCUGAAAAAACAUUCUUCCAAUUGAUGUUAGUAAAAGAUUUUUAUUGCCCGCACAUAUAGUAGGAUAAAAAUGCAACAAAUAUUUUUACUCAAAUGAAAAAAAUGUGUCAUUGUUUUUAUAGUAAUAUUUUUCGUUUAAUUAUCUUUUGUGUUUAAAUAUUUACGCUUUUUGCCUAUUUAUCAAUGGUUUUCUGUUAUGCAUCAGUCUUCAACUGAUUCCGCUUCAAACCGUAUUUAAAGUCGCACUGGGCGAUACGAGGAGAAAUUCGCAUUUCUUGAACGUCAAUACUGUAGGCAAACGUCUGCAAGUAAGUCUGCAAUUAUGCAGUACUUUAAACAUUUCGCAGCAAUGCUAACUUUCGCAUUUUGUCGGAUAAAGCGGUUUGAUAUUAUAAAAAAAAACAUAUUAUUAAACGAACCGAAACUAACAAUUUAACUGAAUUGAACCUACAAAAUGUGCCUAAAAAUAUAGAUUUGGAAAAUACACAUUCGAACGAGUGGAGGUGGAAUCCAGUAAAUUAUCAUUUACUAUUAAAAUAUUCCAAUUACGAUCAUAAAUCGUUAGUUCACACACAUUUCAAGAUCAAAUGAACAGCGACGUCAUACACAACGAUCCAAAAACAAUUCUAGAAACGUGCAGAUUUCACAAAAUAUACAGGGUGUUCCAUUUAAGGAAGUUACCAGUGACCAAACACCUUGAUAGCUGUAGACGGCUGCUGCGGAAGCUUAUUUAAGAAUGUUUUAACAUUUUAAAUGAACCAUUUUGGAAAAUAUUUGCAUCUAUAUGCAGAUUGUUUCCGAUAUAAUUUAGCAAAUAAACUUGAAAUUGAAAAAAGGAAUAUUUAGACAAUACUCUUACAAGAAAUAUUAUUUGUAUAUGAAUAAACGGCAUGCCUAAAGUGCAACCGCUUAGUAUAUUGUCAAAAUGCGACUGCUGUUUUCCUGACCAAUUUUUUUUGUAAUUUACGCUGACCAAUAAUUUUUAAAGUUAAAUUAUUAGGUCCGAAUUAGUCCGAAAAUUACAGGUCCGCUUAAGCCACAAAAAAUUAGCACACUUAAGCGACGCUAAAAGAUCUUCAUGUUUUUGUAGCAAUUACCCACAUUUUGAGCUUGAUAUCUUCACAGGUUCUAUGCACUCUAAAAUGUUACCAUUCAGUAUGCAUUUGUUGAAUCUUGAAGAAUCCAUUUGAUAAAAAAAGCAAAUUACUCCUUAUUUUCAUUUGAAGCACUACAUAUUUCCUAUAUGAUUAAAACAUAUUUUGAAAGCUUUUACGGUUUAUCCUUGAUCAAUUUGAUAAUAAGUGUUUAUAUGAAUAUGGUCUUAAAAUAUUUCUGUGUACUUCUUUGCGUGUUAACUCAUUUAAUACUUACAGUUGCCACACUUAGCAAACAUUUCUUUUCUACAUUUUUUAAAUGUUUUAGCAGAAAGAUUGUGGAAUUGUUGUGCGGACCAAUAAAUUUGAAACAUCGAAAAAAACAUUUACUGUAUAGAUUUCGAUCAACCUUCCUUUGAAACUUAAUGUAUUCGAACUAAUCACGCUUUGUGCUCAGGGCGUUAAAAAAUCAACGUACUUUUUUGUAAUUAAAACUACCUUAUGUGCCCACUAAAACCAAACCGUGUAUGCAACAUAUAUAUGCUGGUAAAAUUGCACUUCUCUUUCAUUUCAUGCGUUUGUAAAGGAAAUUUUAUUAAAAUAAUAACUGAUGAUUGUAAAGAUAAGUAGGUUUAUAAAAAGGAAAGUCUAGACAUACAAGACAAAUUAAACAAAAUAAUGUUUUUCAAUAUUUCUUUUACAUGACCAUCAACAUUACGUAUUUGAGACGUAAACUAGUAACUAUAACAUAUUAUUUAGAGCAUUUUAAACAUGUUUGUUUAGUGUUUUAAAAAUUUAAAAACCGCGCAAAAUUGUUAUUUACUGUUUUUCAGCAUCAAAAAUGUUUUACAAUCCAUUAUUAUUAUAAAAGUUACUACGUACUUAACUGAACUAUUUUCAUCACUAGUUUUUCAUGUUCGACUGAUUAAUUAUUAUCGAGAUUAAUUUGUUAUAGUUAUUAGCGUUUUACCUCUCAAUUUUGUAAAGUGUGAUCAGUAAUGUUAUCUUAAUAUAAGGUGCACUAUUUUGUAUUUAGUGGUAUAGAUUAUUGGUACAUGUAAAACUAGAAAGAUCAGUGUAUUUUUGUAGAUGUGAAGAUAUAUAAAUACUUAUAUCGUGAACUUGUUUACACAUAAAUACAUUUUGUAAACUUAACAGACACGAUUUUUACCUAUUUAACGACUAUCGCACUACCGAAAUUGCAAUGGAUUUGUGCUUUUCCUAUAAUUUACAUACAUUUAUCGUGCUUUGUUUUGUACAAAGUAAGGCUUAUAAUAAUAAAUCCUAGUCUUGUUAUUUCA